UUGGCUGUCCGGGCAUGUUGGGAGUUGUAGUUUUGCAACAGCUGGAGACACACUGUUUGGGAAACACUAAUUUACUGCCUUAUAUCUCAGCACUUGUCAGAUAUUAUACUUUUGACAUAUUUAUUCUAUACAUUUUUUCAGACAGAUAUAUAAAUGAUUCCACCCCCUCCCCCUGGCUACAUAGGGAGCAGUUUACAAGUGGUACAGUCCAGCUUCUGGCACGGCCCCCACAGUACAGUGAGUGUUGGCAGUAGCCGCAACCGAAAGUUUUGCUUUUUACGCAGGUCACGUGAGCCGGGGCCUCUCUCACUCGCAGCCAAUGAGAGAAGGCGUACGGGUGCCGGGCGGGUUCAAUCCCUCGUUGUCUGCUCUGUGUGCGCUUAAAGAGCUGAGGCGCGGGUGACGUGAGGAGUUGGGGGACGGUGACCUGGUGCUGAAGGAAGCGGCAUGAGAGGAGGGCGACCCUGACAACACCGCACACCUCCAGGCCGGAGACGGGAGCACCGGGGAGCGGGACAGGCCGGCCCUGGGAGGGGGGAACAAUAGGCAGCGGCUGACCUGCGAGUCGGUGUCGUGGCAGGCUGCAAGGAGCCAGUGUCGGGCGCAGCGCUGGGGAGGACGUGUAGAUGACAGCGGUGCCGGGCAGGUGACGGAGGCUCCGGGUACAUGACAGGGCGCACCCGCCGGAUCUAGGCUUUCAUCUCGGACGCUAGGAGCGGGCACCGCGGCCGAAGCAGCCCUGCACAGAGACGGUCACCCUGCUGCUGCUGCUGCCGCCGCCCCAGGGAUGGCAGCCCGGAGCCGCCGCUCGUGGCUCAGCGUGCUACUGGGACUGGUGCUCGGCUUCCUGCUGGCCUCCCGGCUCAUCCUCCCCCGGGCCGCCGAGCUGCAACGGUACAGCCGCAAAGGGCUCCGCUCCGCGCUGGGAGGACAAGCGGUGGCGUGCGGACCGCAGCCCGGGGCCAGGAGUGACCUCACCUGGAGAGACCUGCAAGCGCCCUACAUGGGAGCCCUGGAGCCGGGCGGAGAGGAGGACGUGCCCCGGGACAAGAGCUUCCUCUACGUGGGGGUGAUGACCGCACAGAAGUACCUGAACACCCGAGCCGUGGCCGCGGACAGAACAUGGUCCCAGUCGAUCCCUGGAAAGGUGGAAUUUUUCUCAAGUGAGGGCUCCGACACCUCCAUCCCAAUUCCUAUCGUGGCACUGCAAGGCGUGGACGACUCUUACCCUCCGCAAAAGAAAUCCUUUAUGAUGCUGAAAUACAUGCAUGAUCAUUACCUGGAUCAAUACGAGUGGUUCAUGAGGGCAGAUGAUGACGUCUACAUCAAAGGGGAACGUCUAGAAAGCUUCUUGCGGAGCCUCAACAGCAGCGAGCCCUUGUUUUUGGGGCAGACCGGUCUUGGCACAACAGAGGAGAUGGGAAAACUAGCAUUGGAACCUGGUGAAAAUUUUUGCAUGGGUGGCCCUGGUGUGAUUAUGAGCAGAGAAGUCCUACGCAGGAUGGUGCCACACAUUGGAGAAUGUAUACGACAGAUGUACACUACACAUGAAGACGUUGAGAUUGGUAGAUGUGUACGAAGGUUCGCAGGGGUGCAGUGCGUCUGGUCCUAUGAGAUGCAGCAAUUAUUUUAUGAGAACUAUGAACAAAACAAAAAGGGCUAUAUCCGAGACCUUCAUAACAGCAAGAUUCAUCGAGCCAUCACCCUACACCCCAAUAAGAAUCCUCCAUACCAGUAUCGUCUGCACAGUUACAUGUUGAGUCGGAAGAUUGCAGAGCUACGUUACCGCACCAUUCAGCUCCACCGGGAGAUUGUCCUUAUGAGCAAAUACAGCAACACAGAGAUUCAUAAGGAUGACUUACAGCUUGGAAUAGCUCCUUCUUUUAUGAGAUACCAGCCACGCCAGCGGGAAGAGAUCUUGGAGUGGGAGUUUCUCACUGGCAAAUAUCUAUAUUCUGCUGCAGAUGGACAACCUCCUAGGCGUGGGAUGGAUGCUUCACAAAAAGAAGCUCUGGAUGAUAUUGUGAUGCAAGUUAUGGAAAUGAUCAAUGCCAAUGCCAAAACCCGUGGUCGUAUUAUUGACUUUAAAGAGAUUCAGUAUGGGUACCGUAGACUUAAUCCUUUGCAUGGGGCAGAGUAUGUUUUAGAUUUGCUUUUACUGUACAAAAAGCACAAGGGCAAGAAAAUGACUGUACCUGUGAGGAGACAUGCCUACCUCCAACAAACCUUCAGCAAGAUUCAGUUCAUGGAGCACGAUGAGAUGGAUGCUAAAGAGCUGGCGAAUAGAAUAAAUCAAGAUUCAGGUUCUUUGUCAUUUCUUUCUAAUUCCCUUAAAAUGCUUGUCCCAUUCCAACUCACCUCCUCAAAGGUGGAACACAAGGAACCCAAAGAAAAAAGGGUUAACAUCCUGGUACCAUUGUCUGGUCGCUACGAGAUGUUCAGUAGGUUUAUGGCCAACUUUGAGAAAACUUGCCUCAUUCCCAACCAAAAUGUGAAGCUGGUCAUUUUGCUCUUCAAAUCUGAUGCCAACCCUGACAAGGAAAGACAAAUUGAUCUCAUGAGGGACUAUCGGGUGAAAUACCCCAAGGCAGACAUGCAAAUUCUAUCAGUUACAGGAGAGUUCUCCAGAGCCUUGGCCCUAGAAGUUGGAUCUGCUCAGUUUAGCAAUGACUCCUUGCUCUUCUUCUGUGAUGUUGAUUUGGUAUUCACUACAGAGUUCCUUCAGCGUUGUAGGGCUAACACCAUUCUAGGCCAACAAAUGUAUUUUCCCAUUAUCUUCAGCCAGUAUGACCCCAAGAUUGUCUAUGCCGGAAAAGUUCCCAGUGACAACCAUUAUGCUUUUACACAGAAAACUGGUUUCUGGAGGAACUAUGGCUUUGGCAUUACAUGUGUCCAUAAAGGAGACCUUAUUCGUGUUGGAGGUUUUGAUGUUUCUAUUCAGGGUUGGGGUUUGGAGGAUGUGGACCUGUUUAAUAAGGUGGUACAAGCAGGUUUAAAAACUUUUAGAAGUCAGGAGGUGGGUGUGGUCCACAUACACCACCCUGUGUUUUGUGAUCCCAAUCUUGAUCCUAAACAGUACAAAAUGUGUGUGGGAUCCAAAGCAUCAACGUAUGGUUCUACCCAGCGGCUAGCUGAACUUUGGCUGGAGAAAAAUGACCCUAUGUUUGGUAAAACUAUUCACACAAAUGACUCUGUGAGGACAGCCUAAUAAGCCAGCAUAGCUGGCAUGGAAAUGGACCUUUUUUUAUAGCCAUCUAAUUUAUUUUUUCUUUUUCUUUUUUUUUUUUUUUUUUUUUUUUUUUUAUAAAUAGUUAAGGCAAUAUAGUUUUUGUUAAAAUUGUUUUAUGAAGUUUUGUGAAAUGAGCAUUUUGGACAAAAUGAAAUGUGAUCAGUAUUUGCCUUUCAACCAUUGCAAUAUGAUAACUUGAACAGUUUUGUGAUCAAAUCCAUGUUUUCUCACAUUCCACAAUACCUAGUUUUUUUCUAGCUUACUCCAUAUCCUAAUGCAAACGAGUCAGUGGGAAUAGAAGACCCUGCACUGUACCUGGUGAUCCUAUUGUUUGCUUCCCUACAGAUCCAUUUUCUUUUGUACUUGAUGCCAUUAGUAUAGUAGUUACAAAUCUGUAUGAUGAAAUACGAUUUGUGACUGUAAAGAUCUAUGAUUGAAAGAUAUAUAUUUUAUGUUUGAAGCAAGGCAUUCCUAUACUUAAAGUUCUAAAUAUUAACUUGGGUGCAAGUUUAAAAUUUGAUUAUAAUUUUUUAAUAAAGGAACAAAAUAUGCAAUGAACAGAUUUUUAACAAUUUGUUCUGUUUUUUUUUGUGUUUUUUUUUUUUUUUUUUUUUUUUUUGUCUUGAUGGUUUAAUAGUUUAUUGAAAAAGCCAUAGCAGUAUUUUUUUUUCUUAAGCUGGUUUACAAAAAAGUUCUUUAUUCAGUGAAAUGACACUUUCGUUUGCCAGUUCUGGGAAAGCCAUGGUACACUGCAGGAUCUGUAUGUACAGACUCAAAUAGUCUGCAAUAUCCUUAUGCCAUUACAACCAUCUAAUGUGUCCUUAAUGUCAAUACUGGAAUGCUGCCACCUUAGGUACUCCUAAUGUGUCUAGUCUUUAAGUUUUUCAUGACCAAAUGCUUGAACAUUCCCAACAUCUUGUCGGUUGAAACAUUAGAAAUGUUUUUUUAUUUUAUUUUAGCUUUUUUUUACACACAAUGUGCCUUACCUCUAUGUUAUGUGGACACCCCUAGUUUUUGUUCAUUGAAUCAUUUCUGCUUGUUCCCCUGCUCCACCAGCCCCUAAGAAGACCAGUUCAUCAGGUAUCCUGUACCAAGUUGGAAUGUAUUUUAGAAUUUACAAAAAUGUUUUUGUGUUUUUUCCUAAACUAAAUAAUUGGAGGUUUCUCAGUGCCUUAAAUGUAAUUCUCUCUCCUCGUGAAAGGGGCAGUGCAAUGGAUCCAAGGCGCUGACGUCUGUACCAAAUAGAAGAUGGAAGCUCUCCAGCUCUGGGUCUUCAGGUCUCAUCCUUCUCGUUCAGUUUUGUUAUUGGUGGGAGCGAAAUGGACGCUGUUUUAAAUUAUUGAGUUUUAUUUUAAUAUGAAUUUUCUUUUCGUCACCAUGUUUUUGAUUUGAUAAAAUGUUUAAUAAAAAUGUUCAA